AUGGGAGUCCAGGCCAUGUUUCAUGUACUGCAUCUGUAUUGCGACACCUGCUCUGUUCCCAUCUGCAGAGAGUGCACACUCGGCCGCCACGGAGGCCACAGCUUCGCCUACCUCCAGGACGCCCUGCAGGACUCACGGGCACUCACCAUCCAGCUGCUGGCUGAUGCCCAGCAGGGCCGCCAAGCUCUCCAGCUGAGCAUCGAGCAGGCACAGACUGUGGCAGAACAGGUGGAAAUGAAGGCGAAGGUGGUCCAGUCGGAGGUCAAGGCCGUGACAGCUCGCCACAAGAAGGCUCUGGAGGAGCGUGAGUGCGAGCUGUUGUGGAAGGUGGAGAAGAUCCGCCAGGUGAAGGCCAAGUCUCUGUACCUGCAGGUGGAGAAGCUGCGCCAGAGUCUCAACAAGCUGGAGAGCACCAUCAGCGCUGUCCAGCAGGUCCUGGAAGAGGGCCGCGCCCUGGACGUCCUGCUGGCCCGAGACCGCAUGCUGGCCCAGGUGCAGGAGCUCAAGACCAUCCGGAGCCUCCUGCAGCCCCAAGAGGACGACCGAGUCAUGUUCACACCCCCUGACCAGGCCCUGUACCUUGCCCUCAAGUCUUUUGGCUUUGUUAGCAGCGGGUCCUUUGCCCCGCUCACCAAGGCCACGGGAGAUGGCAUCAAGCGAGCCCUCCAGGGUAAGGUGGCCUCCUUCACCGUCAUAGGCUAUGACCAUGAUGGCGAGCCCCGCCUCUCAGGCGGCGACCUGAUGUCGGCUGUGGUCCUGGGCCCCGAUGGGAACCUGUUCGGCGCAGAAGUGAGCGAUCAGCAGAAUGGGACGUACGUGGUGAGCUAUCGGCCCCAGCUGGAGGGCGAGCACCUGGUGUCGGUGAUGCUGUGCAACCAGCACAUAGAGAACAGCCCCUUCAAGGUGGUGGUCAAGUCAGGCCGCAGCUACGUGGGCAUCGGGCUCCCCGGGCUGAGCUUUGGCAGUGAGGGCGAUGGGGAAGGCAAGCUCUGCAGGCCCUGGGGCGUGUGUGUGGAUAAGGAGGGCUACAUCAUCGUGGCCGAUCGCAGCAACAACCGAAUCCAGGUGUUCAAGCCCUGUGGCUCCUUCCACCACAAGUUUGGUGCCCUGGGUUCCCGGCCUGGGCAGUUUGACCGGCCAGCUGGGGUGGCCUGCGACGCCUCCCGCAGGAUCAUAGUGGCCGACAAAGACAAUCAUCGCAUUCAGGUCUUCACCUUUGAGGGCCAGUUCCUCCUCAAGUUUGGUGAGAAAGGAACCAAGAAUGGGCAGUUUAACUACCCUUGGGAUGUAGCAGUGAAUUCUGAGGGCAAGAUCCUGGUUUCAGAUACCCGAAAUCACCGAAUCCAGCUGUUUGGGCCUGAUGGGGUCUUCCUGAAUAAGUACGGCUUCGAGGGGUCUCUCUGGAAGCACUUUGACUCUCCACGGGGCGUGGCUUUCAACCAGGAAGGUCACCUGGUGGUCACCGAUUUCAACAACCACCGGCUUCUGGUCAUUCACCCCGAUUGCCAGUCUGCCCGCUUCUUGGGCUCAGAGGGCACCGGCAAUGGGCAGUUUCUUCGACCACAGGGUGUGGCCGUGGACCAGGAAGGGCGGAUCAUUGUGGCCGAUUCCAGAAAUCACCGGGUGCAGAUGUUUGAGGCCAAUGGCAGCUUCCUGUGCAAGUUUGGUGCUCAAGGCACUGGCUUCGGGCAGAUGGACCGCCCGUCGGGUCUUGCAGUCACGCCGGAUGGCUUGAUCGUUGUGGUGGACUUUGGCAACAAUCGAAUCCUCAUCUUCUAA